AUGUCAAGCAGCAUCGAAACGGUCAUUGUUCUAGGAGGGUCUGGAAAUCUAGGCACUCUUGUUGUCUCGGCCCUCGUCAAUGCCGGUUUCAAGGUUUCAGCGGCUGUCCGGCAAUCCUCAACGGCGACUUAUCCUGAGUCAGUGACAGUCCACAAAACUGACUACUCGAAAGAUGCUCUUGUUUCAAUUUUCCAAGGACAAGAUGCAGUGGUUUCCUGCAUUCCUCGGACACAAGUUGCGGAUCAAAAGACGGUAGUUGAUGCCUGUGUCAGUGCCGGCGUAAAGCGCUUUCUACCAAGUGAAUAUGGUGGCGAUACUACACUGCCAGAUAUUGAGAAACGCAUCUCAUUUACUGCCGGAAAAAAAGAGUUUGGGGAAUACCUCGUAGGGAAAGAAUCGGAGGGUCUUACUUGGACCAGGGUUUUCACUGGCCCGUUCUUCGAUUGGAUGCUCACGCAAUCUGCGCGACAAUUUAAACUCGACAUGGGUGUAAUGGGCUGGGAUCUCGAGAUGUUUAAAGUUACCAUAUUUGACUCUGGCGAUCAAGAAUUCAGCUGCACAAACAUAAAAACCGUUGCAGAGGCUAUUGCUUCCGUGCUCAAGCAUGAAAAUGCUACCAAGAAUCAAAACGUUUACGUGAGCUCGUUUCCGCGGCUGACCCAAAAUGAAGUAUUGGCGGCUCUCGAGGGACUUUCUGGCAGAAAAUUUGAGGUAACCCAAGCUUCCACUGAAGAUCUUGCGGCAAAGGGUGAAGCACGCAUUAAGCGCGGUGAGUGGGUACAAGGAUAUAUUGAAACUGUAUCGGCCUCUUGCUAUGCGCCUUGGGGUUAUAACACAUUUGGCGAUCGUGCUGAACAAUGGAAUGCCGUCUUGGAGCUGCCCAAAGAGGAUCUAGAAGACACCUUGACACGAGUCUUAAGAAUGAGUGGUACGGUUUAG